AGCGGCGGCCCUGCCCCUCCCAUUUGAUUAGUGAUGCCGCUCGGAGCUCCGCCUUUCACCGGCAGGUCGCUGUUCUCCCGGAGGAGGGGGCGUGCCCGGCCUGGGCGGUUCUGACAAGACAAUAACAGCGAACCCCGGGGCUGCCGUGAGAGCGGAACCCGCCCGUUUGGAGAAUACGAUACCCAGGGGACGGCUCGGCUGUGGACUGAAGGUUCACUUUGCUGGCCGGUCAUGGAAGAUUGACAAGACAACUGUUACGUAUGCGGGUGGAUGAACUUCUCUCCUUUCUGCAUAUAUCCACAACUAAUACAUGUGCAACACGGAUAACAACCUUUCCUUUUUACUGAAUUCCUGCUGAAUGAAUGUGGAUGACUACAGAAAAACACAUACGGAGUGUAAAAACCUGACACGUGAUAUUCUUUGUGGUGAAGGGGUUUCAGAUCUUUAAAAAAAGGAAAACAUCUUUUCAACAUGCUCUUGCAUGACAGCUGAUUCUGCUUCAGGCUGCCGCUGUUCUUUCUCUAGCCCUUACUAGUCCUAGUGGGUGAUGUCUGAGCGUUUCUAAAAGAUCCUAACAUUCGGCUAGCAGUUACCAGAGAGACUUCUUUAACAAACAGCUAUGGAUGACUAUGACAUAAGGUCUGCUGCCAGUAUACUGGCUUCUGUGAAAGAGCAAGAAGCCCGUUUUGAGAGGCUGACCCGAGCUUUAGAAGAAGAACGUCGUAAUGUCUCCCUUCAACUUGAACGUGCCAGUGUACCCUCUGAAAGAAUGAGCGUGUGCAACAUUGGCAACGGGCAACCGCUACCCACUGCCUGGCAACAGCUAGUUCUGCAGGAGCAAAGUCCCAGUAACCAGACAUCGAUUGCCAUGAUGCAAGAACCUCCAGAGAUGCUGGAAGAGACAGUUACAGUGGAAGAAGAUCCUGGAACACCCACCUCCCAUGUGUCCAUAGUCACAUCAGAGGAUGGGACCACGAGAAGGACAGAAACCAAGGUUACAAAGAUGGUUAAAACAGUCACUACAAGAACUGUGCGUCAAGUGCCACUUGGCCCUGAUGGGAUGCCUGUUCUUGAUGCUUCAUCUCCAAUCAGUGGUUACACUGAUUCUAUUGACAGAAGAUACAUGAAAAACGGGGAGCGUUUUAUAACCCCUCAGGCUACUUCAACUUUGACUAGGUCCUACAACAACAGUUACAAUGAUUCUUAUGGCGAUCCCCAUGAGGCCCCAUACCGACCCUUCAUGGCACAUGAAGGUUAUGGAGACAUGCCUGAUAACUAUGGAAGCCUGUCCCGUGGAAUAAAUUACCGCCCUCGAUAUGCUUACACUCCAGGAAAUAGCUAUCGCCCUGAAGAUGGCAGUUAUACCCUCCCAAGCCGUAGGGAGAACUAUGUUCCUAUUGCGCAGCCCCAAGUGCCAAUUGGAAGUAGUGUGGACCUAAACCGUUCCCAACCAGAGCGUUUCCAGCCAGAGCCAUAUGGUCUAGAGGAUGAUAAUCGUAGUCUUGGAGCAGAUGAUGAAGGUUAUGAGAUAGAUCCAGAUUAUUCAACAAUGAACAGAAGAGUCCUUCCUGGCAUGCCUCUCACUGGCAGACCCCACAAAGCAAGGACUUAUGAUGACCCCCUGGAGUCAGAACUGAUUGAGGAGAGAAUCCCUUACCUUCACGGUGGCUAUGCAGCACCACUGGCUCAGCCUGAGAGAGGAAGCCUUGCCAGCAUAGACAGACUAGGAAAACGCUCACCAUCCAUCGACAGCAUCCGUAAAGAUCCACGAUGGAGAGAUCCUGACCUUCCUGAGGUUAUUGCAAUGCUUAAUCAUCCCAUUGACCCAGUCAAGUCCAAUGCAGCUGCCUAUUUGCAGCACUUGUGUUAUGAAAAUGAUAAAAUAAAAAAAGAGGUAAGGCAUCUCAAAGGUAUUCCUAUUCUCGUGGGCCUAUUAGACCAUCCAAAGCCUGAAGUCCACAGAAAAGCCUGCGGAGCCCUCCGCAACAUUUCAUAUGGAAAAGAUAAUGAGAACAAAGUGUCAAUCAAGAACUGUGAUGGUAUUCCUGCUUUAAUACGACUUCUGAGGAAGACAAAUGACAUGGAAGUGAGAGAGCUCAUAACAGGAACCUUAUGGAACCUGUCCUCAUAUGAACCCUUAAAGAUGGUGAUCAUCAACCAUGGUCUCCAAACUCUUACUAAUGAGGUGAUUAUCCCUCAUUCUGGCUGGGAGAAUGAACCAAAUGAGGACUCCAAGCCUCGAGAUGCAGAGUGGACAACAGUGUUUAAGAACACUUCUGGCUGUUUAAGGAAUGUCAGCUCAGAUGGUGCUGAAGCCCGAAGAAGGCUGCGUGAGUGUGAUGGGUUGGUGGAUGCCCUGCUACAUGCCCUCCAGUCUGCAGUUAGCAAAAAGGACACCGACAACAAGUCUGUUGAAAAUUGUGUGUGCAUCAUGCGCAACCUCUCAUACCAUGUCCAUAAGGAGGUGCCAGGAGCAGACAGAUUCCAUGACUUGGACAGCACUCUCCAAAGUGGGCUUGGUGGACAGCAAAAGAAAAAGAAGGAUGAUGCUGGCUGCUUUGGAGGCAAAAAAGCUAAAGAGGAGUGGUUUAACCAAGGAAAAAAGAAUGGGGACAUGGAUAAGAACUUUGACACUCUUGACUUGCCAAAACGUUCUGAAUCUGCAAAAGGAUUUGAACUUUUGUACCAGCCAGAGGUUGUGCGUCUCUACUUAUCCAUACUGACAGAAAGCCAGAACUACAACACCUUAGAAGCAGCAGCUGGAGCAUUGCAGAAUCUUAGUGCUGGCAACUGGACUUGGUCUACCUACAUCCGUGCAACAGUCCGUAAGGAGAGAGGCCUGCCAGUGCUAGUCGAAUUGCUUCAGUCCGACUCUGACAAAGUAGUGAGGGCUGUUGCCAUAGCUCUGAGGAAUCUUUCUAUGGACCGACGCAACAAAGACUUGAUUGGCAAUUAUGCCAUGGGACAGCUGGUCCGAAACUUGCCUGGAGGGCAACAGCGUCCUGCUAAGAACCUGGAAGAAGACACUGUGGUUGCUGUGCUGAACACUAUCCAUGAAAUAGUCACAGACAGCUCUGAAAAUGCUCGAUCCCUCAUCCAGACACAGGGAAUUGAAAAACUUAUCACUAUAAAUAAAUCCAGUCAGUCUCCUAGAGAGGUGAAAGCUGCCUCCCAUGUCCUACAGAUGAUAUGGAGCUACAAGGAACUCCGAAAUGCUCUUCAGAAAGAAGGGUGGAACAAAACAAACUUUCAGUCUGCCACUUCAUCACUGCCAAAGGGAUCCAAAGGUAAUGGAAAGUCUGGAUUUGAUGACAGCACACUUCCUCUUGUGGAUAAAAAUCAAGGAAACAAGAAGUCUGGCAGUCGUGACAUGAUCCCCAUGGGGGAACUUGGCCCUGAUGGAUAUUCUACUAUUGAUCACAGAGACAAAGAACGCAAAUACAGAUCCAAUGAAAACAUGGGAGAUCUGUCAGAGAAAGAGCCCUUAAAGAAUGACUCAAAUAAGAAACACAUUACCCGGAGUAACAGGCCUACUGUCAAUCUGGUGGAUGCACGCGACACUAAACCGCAGCCUGUUGACUCCUGGGUCUAAUUUUGCAUGCAUGGGAUAAUUAUGUGGUGAUUCUUUUUGAGAAGACAUUUUUUUAUGUUAAUAUUUUUUUUCCAAACCAAGAAUCAUUCAUUUUUAAUAUACAUGGAAGAUAUCAUUGCCCACCACUGCCAUAACGUUUUCACAGGAGGACCAUUUUGGUAAGAGACUGGAUGAAAACUGCCAUCUGCUGUGACUGAGAACCAAACUAUGUGAUCAUCGCCAAAAACCGCUGUUGCUUAAUUUUACUUCAGAACUGAAUCUUUUUUAGUACAUAUGUAUAGUAUAUAUUCAUAAAGUAACAUUCCCUUUAAAGCUUCCUGCACCUUGCGCCAUUUGAAGAAUAAUCACCUUUCAAAAUGGAAAGUUGUGAUGGUGCAGCUCAUAGGACUAAAAGGUGAAAAGAAGGGAAUUGUUUUUAUUGGACAAGAUUCCUGCACGAAAAGAAAAAAAAAGCCACAAAACUUUGAGGCAUUGACUUAAAUUGAGCACUUUUUCCUUUUCUUUGGUUUUCUGUUUGCUGCCUCCGCUUGAACUGUGAAAAAAAAAUGUUUUGUGGUCUGAGGUGGAUAUAAUUUUAUUUUCUUGCUAUAAAGUGAUGGAAAUACCAUAAGGAUUGUGGUUUUCACCGGGGUGGAAUAAGAUGUAAGUUGCUGCAUGGAAUGAGAAAGUGGAGAAAAAACAAUUGUUAGAUACCGUCUGUGCUGUAGACCCUGAUGGUUUUAUCCUUUUAGAAAGUAUCUGAAUGUGAUGUAAGGCUUUUCACACCGGUAAUAGAGCUCUCUCCCCAAGUCAUCUCUGCGUCCUGACUAUGGAAUGUGUUUUAAAGACUGGCAUCGUUCGGCCAAAUACUCAACCUUUGCUGGACUUUUACUCCAAAAUGUGCAUGUCAUUAACUGGAAUGCAGUGUGAGCUCAUACACCUACAUACGUUAUUUUACACAUGGUCCACAGUGGUUUGUACAUUAGAAAAAUUAUAUAUAUAUAUAUAUAUAUAUAUAUUUUAACUUUAGAUUACUACAGCUGUUUUAUCCAGAGCCUGCAGCUACAGUACAUUUCUCUCUGGUUGCAAUUUGUGUGCAGACUAUUCUGCUGUACGAUCAUUUUGCCUUUUAUCUUGUGCUUUCUCUCUUCAUUCACUUCACAACAAGAUUUCAAGGACCGACCAACCAUCUACGAACUCUCCGGAAGUCUUUUUCCUUUUCUCAUCUUGCAAUCACCUCAACUGUUUUAAGACCUUUUGCCAUGAUCGCAUUGCUGCAAUUCUAAUCCUUUGAUUAAAAUAAGGAAUUACGUUUACUGUUGAAUUUUAAUGUAUUUUCAGUAGGUGCUCAAACAAAUCUGUUACAAAGGGUGGGGUGUGCAUUCUUUUCUUGUGUUUGCAGGGAUGGGACUGGAUUUUUUUACAUUAAUGUAAUAUUUCCUGCUGUACUAAACUCAAUGUGCAUAGAUGUUUUAUUGGAUGUAAAAAAAAAAAAAGCAGUCAAGAUCAUCCUACCGGUUGCCAUCUGUUAGUGUGAGUUGUAUGGGGUCAGUCUGUACCCUUGUAAUUCUUAAAUCGAUUCCUGAGAUCCGAGGUGAACGCAUUCAAUUUAUCUGAUUUUGGUGCUUCAAAUUGUGUACCUGGUCUGAAUGCAGAAUCACAGUUUCACUACCUACUACAGAAUGGUUACCAUCUCGGGGUAUCACCCAGUCCUUAUAUAUGGUUUCGUAAACUAAACAAUCAUUGAUUCUGUAUACACAGUGAAAUGCUAGCGACACAUCUCACUUACAUUUUUGUAGCCUCAUAUAUUGUCUUAGGAUAUAUAAUGAUAUACUUUCAAGAGGACUUAGAAACUAUUUCUGAGUCUUACACUGUAAAUAUAUAUCUGAAGAGCAAAACUAAUCUGCAUUCUUAACAUCUGUAUAAUAGAUGAAGCAUUUUCUAAGUGACGGUUAAUAUCUUUAGCAUUCUUUCUGUGAACAGUGGAUUUUGCGCUGCCUUUGCCAUGCAGGGUAGUUAUCAUAUGUGGUUGCUGAGCUCUUGAUUUUAGCGAAUUCAAAUAGAGACAUUUGAACAAUCUCAGUCCAUUUAUCCAAGCGGUCAUAGGGUAGAAAACAACUAUUUCAAUUUGGUUAGAUCUAGUUGUAAAAAAACAAAAAAAAACUCUACUACUUUCAAAAGGAGUUAAAUCUUACAAGCUGCCUGUAAUAACCUGGCCAGAGGGUAUAAUGCUAUUUUCAUGACCAUUUGUAGAUGGUAUAUAGGAUCUCCAAAGAUGAGGUCUGUGGAGUCACAUGAUCAGUUCUCUGCAAACAUACAUUUAAGUUUAAGGAGCUAACUAUAAUUCAUUCAAAUUGGUUCUUAAUUUUUUUUUUCUUUUUGUGGGGACAUACCGUUGUACAUAUUUGUUUAUAUCUAAGUUUGUCACAAGUGCCAUUCUCAAUGUCCUGAGAACUGAUGGGCAAAAAGUAAGCCUAGCGCAACAGACCUUUGGUUAUAUAGUACUCAUAUGCAUAUUGGAAGAAGUAAUUUGAGAACACAAAUAGGUGCUAUGCUAUUGAACAAUAGGUGCUAUGCAUUUGUCUUGCAAUUGUGGUAAUGAACUUGAGAUGGCAACCAGACAUCAUCCAUUGAUGAUUUUUUAUCUAGACUACAAUCUCAUCUGUACAAUUUCUACAAGUUCACAUACUAGAGGUUACAGUCAGGAAAGGGCUGGCUUUUAUACAGUAUUUAUUAGGAUUAUAAGGAUUGAACACCUCCCUUUUGAAGUCUGAUUUCCUUUCUUUAUAGGAAGAACCUUUAUAUAUGUGCAGAGUCUUCAUUUUAGCCUAAUACAAAGCAAUGCUGUUUAGUCAGCUACAGUUUAUUACAGGUGGAUAGUGUAAACUGUUUAGUGAUGUCAGCCGAAGACUGCAUAGCUGUCGUUACGAAAGAUAAAUAUAUGGUGGAAAUGAACAUGGUUUUAGAAAGUGUGUGGUUACAGUUAACGUGUAUAGAUGAAUAUUACUAGCUGCGUGUAAUAAGCCCCAAUGACAGACUGCAAGACAGUUUUAACCUCUAUAAGUGAACAAUCAUAAAAACAUGGCAGAAUUAGAAAAAAAAAAUGAGUAAUCCUUUUAUGAUAAAAGUAUCGGCCUUUUCUUUAUACUUGUAUUGGAUCUUCUACUUAGUUUGGCUCAUCAACACUGCCACAAGAAAACAUGCGCAAUGCUAGUCUUAGGGUAUGUACACGGUAUGUACAUUUACUUAUUUGCAGUUCUGAACCGCAGUCAGUUUGUGGGGUCCUGCCCCGAAGUUACCAGCUUUAGACUAUGUUCACACUGCGGAAUUCUGGAGGAACAUUCUGCUUUGAAAUUCUACAUUGAGUCCUAUUGAUUUAAGUAGGAUUCUUUUGCACUGUGCACAUGGCGGAAUUUCUGCGGCAGAUGUUUCUGCACGGAAAUCCCUAUUCCGGUGUCCACAGAAACAUUAAACUGGUUCAAUGUUUCUGUGGAUUCCCGUAUUUUCCGGGCAAACAUUCCGCCCAUUUUCGGCCGUGUGAAGGUGGCUUUAGAGUGGAACCACGAAGAAAGAAGGGUCAUGUCACUUUUUCACAUGUUUGCCUCGGGUACUGUUAAGGUACACAGCACAGGCUCCAUGACUCAACCCUGUUGCCAGCAGUUUGAUAUUGACACUGCUGUGGGCAAGUUCCCUUAAGAAUAUAUUUACAAGUGCUGUAUAUGCUGUGGAUUAUAUAAAGUAUUAUUGUGAAUAUAGCCUUAAAGUAAACCACCUUGGAUUUUGACGUGUAAAAUGGCAUGCUUUCCAUGUUGAAAACCACACAGUUAAUGGCAUGGAACCACUCCCUAAGGUUGGUUUCAUAUGAGCAUAAAACUGGCUAUUUUCACCAAAUUUUGCCCUACUGUUUUCAUUGAAUAUAUGUACAAAGUUUUACAUUUUCCAUCUUUUAUAUUUUUCUUUUUAGAUAGGUUGUGUGGCUGCAAUAUUUUUUACCAGUAAGUAAUUUUAGUGUUUCUUAUUAGUCAUGUAUCUGCAGGUGCUGUUCUGUUUAGGGAAUACACUGCUCAAAAUAAUAAAGGGAACACUUAAACAACACAAUGUAACUCCAAGUCACUCACACUUCUGUGAAAUCACACUGUCCACUCAGGAAGUAACACUGAUUGACAAUCAAUUUCACAUGCUGUUGUGCAAAUGGAACAGACAACAGGUGGAAAUUAUAGGCAAUUAUCAAAACACCCCCAAUAAAGGAGUUGUUUUCAGGUGGUGACCACAGACCACUUCUCAGUUCCUAUGCUUCCUGGCUGAAGUUUUGGUCACUUUUGAAUGCUGGUGGUGCUUUCACUCUAGUAGUAGCAUGAGACGGAGUCUACAACCCACACAAGUGGCUCAGGUAGUGCAGCUCAUCCAGGAUGGCACAUCAAUGCGAGCUCUGGCAAGAAGGUUUGCUGUGUCGGUCCGCGUAGUGUCCAGAGCAUGGAGGCGCUACCGGGAGACAGGCCAGUACAUCAGGAGACGUGGAGGAGGGCAACAACGCAGCAGCAGGAUCGCUACCUCUGCCUUUGUGCAAGGAGGAGCACCGCCAGAGCCCUGCAGAAUGACCUCCAGUAAGCCACAAAUGUGCAUGUUUCCACUCAAAUGGUCAAAAACAGACUCCAUGAGGUUGGUAUGAGGGCCUGACGUCAACAGGGGGGGGGGGGAUUGUGCUUACAGCCCAACACCGUGCAGGAUGUUUGGCAUUAGCCAGAGAACACCAAGAUUGGCAAAUUGGCCACUCGCUCCCUGUGCUCUUCACAGAGGAAAGCAGGUUUACACUGAGCACAUGUGACAGAGUCUGGAGAGGCCAUGGAGAACGUUCUUCUGCCUGCAACAUCCUCCAGCAUGACUGGUUUGGUGGUGGGUCAGGAAUGGUGUGGGGUGGCAUUUCUUGGCACCGCACAGCCUUCCUUGUGCUUGCCUGAGGUAGCCUGACUGCCAUUAGGUACAGAGAUGAGAUCCUCAGACCCCUUGUGAGACCAUAUGCUGGUGCGGUCGGCCCUGGGUUCCUCCAAAUGCAAGACAAUGCUAGACCUCAUGUGGCUGGAGUGUGUCAGCAGUUCCUGCAAGAGGAAGGCAUUGAUGCUAUGGUCUGGCCGGCCCGUUCCCCUGACCUGAAUCCAAAUCUAGGACAUCAUGUCUCGCUCCAUCCACCAACAUCUCAUUGCACCACAGACUGUCCAUGAGUUGGCGGAUGCUUUAGUCCAGGUCUUGGAGGACAUCCCUCAGGAGACCAUCCACCACCUCAUCAGGAGCAUGCCCAGGCGUUGUAGGGAGGUCAUACGGGCACAUGGAGGCCACACACUACUGAGCCUCAUUUUGACUUGUUUUAAGGACAUUACAUCAAAGUUGGAUCAGCCUGUAGUGUAGUUUUCCACUUUGAUUUUGAGUGUGACUCCAUAACCAGAACUCCAUGGGUUGAUAAAUUUGAUUUCCGAUCAUUUUUGUGUGAUUUUGUUGUCAGCACAUUAAACUAUGUAAAGACUAAACUAUUUUAUAAUUAGUUCAUUCAUUCAGAUCUAGGAUAUGUUAUCUUAGUGUUCCCUUUCUCUUUUUUGAGCAGUGUACAUCUCUUCCUCUUUGAUCAUGGUCAUUGAGUUUCUAUGUGACCCAGGCUUUAUAGCUGCUUAGGUUCAAGUUAUAAAGUUAUACUCACAUUGAGACCGUGGCAAUCCUUUAUUCCAAGACCCUACCCAAAAACCUUAUCAUUGCAUUAGUUGAGCCAGAGAUUUCCAUGGGGACCAAGGCUUUAUACUUUGAAAAAGUGUUGAUUUAUUAUGUUCACUAAUGGUCAUGUACACUUAUUUUUUUUUUCUUGCAUUAAUGUUGCAAGAAAUUCUGGACUUUGCUCUCUGUUACCAAACUUUGGCAGCUACAGUUUAUUCCAGGAAAGAUCACCGGAGAAUAUUAGUAACUCAAAGCAAACAUGUUUGUAGCUAUCAUGUGCCUUAAACAAACUUUCAUGAUAGGUAUAAGCAAAGAAAAAGAAGUCUGUAGAAGGUUUUAUUAUCCUCUCAUUCUUUGCAGCAUUAUAUUAAACCAGUGGGUUUCUUGAACUGCAUUUAGACUGUAAUAUAAUUCUUAAGAGGUAAACAUUGAUUUUAAAGUAAUGGUUAGGUGAAAAGUGUUUUUUCUUAUUUUCUCCCAAAGUGAUAUAUAAUCAGAAUCAAAGAUUGAGUUAAGAUAAUGUAUAUUCUAAAAAUCCCUGGCAAAAAUUCUGGAAUUGGAGUAUGUUCAUCUAGAUUUGUUUUACUUUAUAGCAAAUAAACAAACCACAAAUAUGACACAAAAUGUUUAAUUUUGUAUUUAUUAAAAUAAUUUCAUUUGUUUGCGUUGUUUCAUUAAUGGCAUAUCCAUUUUUAAUCCAGAUCAGGUAAAGAAUUAAAUUAUGGAAUUAUGGACUUAUUUAAUUUAAUUAUGAGGGAAAAAACCUAAAUUGCCAUUUGUUAAUAUUUUGAAAUGUUUGAAAAUAUUUUAGAAAUGCACUUUAAAAAUCUUAAAGGGGUACUUCACUGGCCAACAUUCAAAACAUUUAGUUCUGAACGCAGUGUGCAUGCUGCGGGGGUCGUCACUACCCCUCCCAUAGACUCGCAUUGAGGGGCGUGGUCUGACAUCACGAGGGGGCAUGGCCAACCCCCGCAGUGUGCACACAGCGCUCGGAACUCAAUGUUCCCAAUGCUGGCCAGUGGAGUACCCCUUUAAAUUUCUAAUUGAUCUACACUUAAAGGGGAAAAGGAAAUUCUUACGGAACUUACUGAAAGACUUGACAAAUAGAAAGAUAACAAGAGAGUUGUGAAGUAAAAGAAAGAUAAAGGGAUUAUAGCAUUAAUUUGAGAUGGAAAUCCAACAAUGGCUAUGAAAGAAGAUAUUGGUUGUUGUGAGUAUAAACAGAUUGGUAAGGCUAUAAAAGGAAUACAUACAGGUAGAUCAAUGGAAAUUGUCAAAGUGACAGGAAAAAGCAGCUGAAUUAAACUUCAUGUAUGAAAGGCUCUGUCUGAGUGUUGCUUUGGAAGAGAGGCAGAUGAAAGAGUUGUAAAGCAGGAGUUUGAGAUAGCUGUGAGUGUUACUUUCCUUACAUUGUAGGGAGUUUAAACUCACAAGGUCUACUGAGAAUGUAAUUGUUACUGUCUGUUUUUGGCUGUUAAUCUGUGGAAUCCCCAUAACUAGAUGGUCUACAUGUUGGAAAAUGCAGUCCGGUGUACAUCUUGCACGAUGUAUGCAAUCCUGGAACAGCAGUUUGAGGGUGCAUAUUGUUGUGCGAGAUGUGUGCUAGUUGUUAAUUUGGAAGCCCAGAUCCUGGAUCUAGAGGAGCAACAUGCAACACUGAGACGCAUUGACAACUUGGAGAGGAGUAUCCUGCUCACUGAGCAAUUACUUUCUGAGGUAGAGGUGGGGGAGGAUAGUGGGAUGGAGAUUCAGGACAGUCAGGCAGCUAGCUGGGUUAUAGUUAGAAAAUGAGGUAGAGGGAAAAAAUGUCAGGGAGGCUAGUCCAUUUCAGAGCUAGCAGUACUGCAGCAGGACUCUACCUCUGACUGCCAGGGGGGUGUCUACUCCAGAAAGGAGGAGUCCAGGGCAGGCCAGACAGGUACUGGGGGACUCUAUUAUUAGGGGGACAGACAGGGUGAUCUGUCACAAAGACCGGGAUCGCCAAACAGUGUGUUGCCUACCUAGCGCUAGAAUUCAGCACAUCAGGAAUCGGGUUGACAGGUUGCUGGGUGGGCCGAAGAAGACCCAAGAGUCUUGGUACAUAUCGGCACCAAUGACAAAGAGGUAGGUGGAGUGUCCUCAAAAAUGAUUUCAGGGACUUGGGCCGCAAGCUUAAGGCAAGGACCUCCAAGGUAAUAUUUUCUGAAAUAUUACCUGUACCAUGAGCCACACCAGAGAGGCAGCGGGAGAUUAGGGAGGUAAACAAGUGGCUCAGAAGCUGAUGUAGGAUGGAGGGGGUUUGGGUUCAUAGAGAACCAGGCCAACUUCUGUCGGAAACCAGCUCUACCAUAGAGAAGAGCUGCACCUCAAUGGGGAGGGUGCAGCUGUGCUUGGGAGAAGAUGGCUAGAAGGGUGGAGG